AUGGACGACUCUCCACGAUCAGCGAAACGGAGAAAGCUGGAUGCCCCCAAGUCCACCGAGUCGACCGCAUUGAGGAAGCCAUCGACGAGGAAACCCACCGGCAGGCUGGCCAAGCCAUCUACCAGCAAUACAGACAAUGACAAAACACCAAAGGUCGACAAGAAACCUGUCAGGGCAGCCAAGGGAAGGACGUUGAAGAGCGCAACAAAUGGCACAGCUGCGAAGCCGACGGCAGCGAAAAAUGUAGACGUUUACGACGAUUUUGAAGGCGCAUUCGACAUAGAAGUACCGUCCAAAGCGAAUCGUCAACCGUCACAGACAGCACCACAGGGAGAUGUGGCAAGCGCUGCGCAUGUUGCAGAGGAACCACAGCCAGCCGCUCCACCCAAACGUAGGAGGGGCCGACCUACCAAUGCAGAGGUGGCAGCCCGCAAGGCUGCGGCGAAUGGAGAUGCAAUCAAUGUUAUUCCUUUGGCAACGCGCCCGGCGGCUGCGAAACCUACCGUAAAGACUGCCCGCAAGCCAGCAGCCCCUCGAGCAAAAGCCCCCAGAAAGAAGAAGGAACCAAGUCCAAUUCCCGAAGAAGACGAGGGUGAAGAGGACGACUUGCAGGACUCGAGCAAGGCUACCACGCCUCCAAAGCCGCCUCCUGCUCGAAAGACGGCGACGAGUACACAAAAGAAGGCGGUACCAGAGACGUCUGGCGCAGGUGGGAUCACUGCUCCAGCAACAGCCCCUAGACGGCGCAAACCUACAACCAAGGAGACCAGUACAGCAGUGAACGAGGACGAUCUUCCAGAUGCAUCCCCGACUGGAAACAAACGACUACCCGCGAGCACAACACGGCGCCUGAAUCACACCGAUCACAUUGCAAACAACGGCGAAGAGCGAUGGUCAGAUGUUGAAGGACAAGCCGAUACACACAAUGACGAUGACGACUUGGACGUGGAUGGCAACAGUGCCUUGGGCAGUGUCUUGGACCCUACCGAACCUAGCCCGUUCAAUAAGCCAACUUCAGCGCAAAAGAAAAGUUCUGCUCUACCUCUUAUAUACAGCAACCUUGCCCCAGGUCAUGAGUUGGAUUUGAUCAAGACUAUUGUUAUGGAACGGAUCACUGGCAAACGUCCCUCGCCUCUGGUCGGCUUGGAUGAGGAAUACAAAUCUGUACACCAAGUUGUUGAACACACCAUCACUGCUGGCGAGGGUAACUCUAUGCUUAUCAUCGGCGCUCGGGGUAGUGGGAAGACAGCACUCGUAAACAAAGUCCUCUCCGAAGUUUCCAAAGACAAUGGUGGAUACUACCAUGUUGUUCGACUAAACGGAUUUGUACACACUGAUGACAAGAUUGCGCUGCGAGAAAUCUGGCGCCAGCUAGGCAAGGAGAUGGACAUAGAAGAAGACGGCAGUGGGCCUGGUAAGAACUACGCCGACACGCUAGCCACACUGCUCGCUCUGCUCUCACAUCCGUCUGAACAGACAGGUGAAGAUACAGAUCAAGUAGCCAAAGCAGUCAUCUUCAUUAUGGACGAGUUUGACCUCUUUGCCCAUCACCCUCGCCAGACGUUGCUGUACAAUCUCUUUGACAUUGCACAAUCGCGGAAAGCUCCCAUCGCCGUUUUGGGUCUGACAACGCGCAUCGACGUGACCAAUACUCUGGAGAAGCGUGUCAAGAGUCGAUUCAGCCAUCGAUACGUGCAUCUCAAACUAGCGACGUCGUUUACUGCUUUUCAGACCAUAUGCAAAGCUUGCUUGACGUUGGAACCAGAACAGUUGAGCGUCAAGGAGCGAGGCAUCUUAGGAGGCGGAGCCAAGUGUACACCGAAUAAAGGACAAAAAGGCGGUGCAAAGCAAGACAUGGUCAGCGAAUGGAAUGCCAACAUCUUCACACUCUUCUCAACCCCCACCUUCCUAACCCAACAUCUUGCAUCUUCCUUCUACCUCACAAAAUCCGUCCCUCAAGUCCUAACUUCCUUCCUCCUCCCCACCGCCACCCUCAGCCCCGAGAUGCCCUUCCAGCCGGGCUAUCUACUCAGCGCCCCAGAUUCAAAGCUAUCCCUCGUGCCCUCGCUAUCAACCCUCGCACUCUCUCUGCUUAUCGCCGCAGCCCGACUAGACAUCAUCCACGACUCGGACACGUGCAAUUUCAACAUGGCGUACGAUGAGUAUGUCACGCUGGCUUCGCGAGCGCGUAUUCAAUCGGCGGCGGGUGGACUCAGUAGCAGUAGUGGGGCGAGUAAAGUAUGGGGUAAAGAUGUAGCGCGUCGUGAGUGGGAGGGUCUGGUGGAGUUGGGCUUAUGCAUGCCGGUUGUUCAAGGUCAGGUGGGCUCGUUCGGUAUGGUGAGGUGUGAUGUUGCGCUUGAAGAGGUGGGCGAGGUGCUCAAGGGGAUUAGGGGUGGGGAUAAGGGCUUGGAGAGGUGGUGUCGCAGUAUUUAG